AUGGAAACCAAGGUAGCAAGCAAGCAUCAUAGCUCUAUUUUAGUUCCAUCUGUUCAAGAGAUGGUAAAGGAGAAGCUGAUCAAGAAAGUUCCUGCCAGGUAUGUACGGUCUGGUCUAGACAAAGCUGAGAUGGCUAGUGACUCUGGUCUAAAAGAUGAGAUCCCAGUCAUUGACAUGAGUCGCUUGUGUUCAUCAACCACAAUGGAUUCUGAGGUUGCAAAUCUUGACUCGGCUUGCAAAGAAUGGGGAUUUUUCCAGCUUGUAAACCAUGGAGUGGACUCGAGCUUCUUGGACAAAUUCAAGUCAGAGAUUCAAGAUUUCUUCAACCUUCCCAUGGAAGAGAAGAAGAAGCUGUGGCAAAAACCUGGAGACAUCGAAGGGUUUGGACAGGCUUUUGUGGUUUCAGAAGAGCAGAAACUAGAUUGGGCAGACAUGUUCCACCUCACAGUGCAACCUUCUAGGUUACGCAAGCCUCACGUGUUCCCCAAGAUACCUCUUCCCCUUAGGUUUUGCUUAAAACCCUUCUUACUUUCUCCACAAGUCUCUUCUCUGUUUUUAAAAUUAUCUUCUGUUUCUUCAGAGAUACACUAG